AUGGCACCAAAGACGCGCAUCAUCUUAAUCAUUCAGACCAUUUCGUCAAGGACAGGCGUGACAGCUGACCAGAAGGCUCCGUAUAGCAUGCUCGCGAGCAGUGCGAAGACGGACAAGAGAGCAAUGCCCUGCUCCGGUAUCCAGAGGGCGAAACAAUACAACCCCGCGCAGGGCCGUCAUCGACAGGUCCAUGUCGAUGCGACUGAGUUUGUCUCUGAAGUAACCCAUCAGCGACCUUCCGAUACCGAGACCGAGAUUGAGAAGCGCACUGGCCCAGAAGCCUUGUGUGGCAAUUCGAAAUAG